UCGCGUAAUCUGACCGCAGAACAGUCGGUGGAGCGUCCUGUGUUCUCCAGCACGGAGCGCAGAGCAGCGGAGACAAGAGGAGAGCUAGAGCAGCUCCGAGCAGGCCCGCCAUUUCAGUGAAUGCCUUUAGUGCUUUCACUCCGAAGGGUGGCGACUGGCGAAACCAGAGGGGAGGAGAAAGACAGGGAUUCGGAGAGCACCCGCGAUGAGAGAUGAGUCAGCUUGGAGACCUUUAGGAAACAUAUUUACCGGUUUUACUAUGUAGCGAGCAAGUAACACUCAGCAUUUUUCCCUAAAUAUAGGAUUCUACGUAUCUAUCUGUGGUCUUGCGAUACGUUAUUUAUCCUUAUAGCUACCUUUCUCGCCGCCUCGACGGUCUAUUUCAAAUCGCCACUUAGGCUGCUCAAUGCCAAUUUACCGGCAAGCACGUCAGUGGAAAUAUCAUUGUCAGUUUCAUUCCGAAAUUUGAAUAUAUUAUCAGUACACUCGUCUUUGUCUACAAACGCGAAGAUGUCGGGGCAGAGCAUUACGGACAGGAUAACUGCAGCUCAACACAGCGUUACCGGAUCAGCCGUCUCCAAGACAGUAUGCAAGGCGACAACGCACGAAAUUAUGGGCCCCAAGAAAAAACAUUUGGACUACCUGAUCCACUGCACCAAUGAGAUGAAUGUAAACAUCCCCCAGCUGGCUGACUCCCUGUUUGAGCGGACCACCAACACCAGCUGGGUGGUCGUCUUUAAGUCUCUCAUCACCACACACCACCUCAUGGUCUACGGCAACGAGCGCUUCGUCCAGUACCUGGCCUCAAGGAACACACUAUUCAACCUCAGUAACUUCUUGGAUAAAAGUGGAUUACAAGGGUACGACAUGUCAACCUUCAUCAGGAGGUAUAGUCGCUACCUGAAUGAAAAGGCUGUGUCAUACCGGCAGGUGGCAUUUGACUUCACUAAAGUAAAGCGUGGGGUGGAUGGUGUGAUGAGGACGAUGAACACAGAGAAGCUCCUGAAGACGAUCCCCAUCAUUCAGAACCAGAUGGAUGCGCUGCUCGACUUUAACGUCAACGCUAAUGAGCUCACUAACGGGGUCAUCAACGCAGCUUUCAUGCUGCUCUUCAAAGACUCCAUCAGACUCUUCGCCGCCUAUAAUGAAGGCAUCAUCAACCUGCUGGAGAAAUACUUUGACAUGAAGAAGGUGCAAUGUAAAGAGGGCCUGGACAUUUACAAGAAGUUCCUGACCAGGAUGACCCGCAUCUCAGAGUUCCUCAAGGUGGCCGAGCAGGUGGGGAUUGAUCGAGGGGACAUCCCAGACCUGUCCCAGUUCACGGUGUGUGCUCCCAGCAGUCUCUUGGAUGCCCUGGAACAGCACCUGGCCUCUCUGGAGGGAAAGAAGGUGAAGGACUCCACAGCAGCCAGCAGGGCCAGCACCCUGUCCAAUGCCGUGUCCUCUUUGGCCAACACCGGAAUGUCCUUCACCAAAGUGGACGAGAGGGAGAAGCAGGCUGCGCUGGAGGAGGAACAGGCGCGCCUCAAAGCUCUCAAGGAGCAGAGACUGAAGGAGUUGUCCAAGAGGCCGUCAUUUGCCACCACAGACACAUCUCCCGUCGCCACCACAGGGGGCAGCAUCAGCACAGCUCCAGCCAUCGACCUCUUCUCCACGCCCAGCUGCUCCAACGGUGCCCUGAAGAUGGAGAACGACCUAUUUGACCUUCAGACGACCUUCCAGCCCCCAGUGCAGCCCAGCACCAGCAUGGCUUCUGGUUGGGGAGACUCUUUCGGCUCGUCCACCAUGCUCCAGCACCUCCCCAACCCAUCCCCCUUCCAGUCUGAGCCCUCUUCUGUAGCUGGCCUCUUUAGAGGGUACUCCAUGCCCCCCGUGAACCAGCCCCAGCCCAAUGCCCCUCUCCAGGUGGACUUUGAGUCGGCGUUCGGCUCCAAAGCAGGCUCCAGUAGCCAGGACUUGGAUGACCUCGCCAGUGGGAUCCUGAAACCCACCAUGGUGUCCACUGCCCAAGGCCUCGUCCCCAACAUGCCAGAGAAGCUCGUAUCUGACGACCUGGACUCCUCCCUUGCCAAUCUGGUCGGCAGUCUAGGGAUUGGAAAUGGCACCACGAAAAAUGAUAUCCACUGGGCUUGGCCGGGGAAAAGCUGGGGAGGGAUGAACUGGCAACCCAAAGCCGCUCCCACCACCACAUGGAAUCCUGUUUCUAUGGCCCCCUCUGUCAUGGCGUUCCCCGCCACCACCCCCACUGGUAUGAUGGGUUAUGGCAUGCCUCCUCAGAUGGGCUCCAUGGCGAUGAUGACCCCGCCCACCAUGAUGUACUCCCAGCCCGUCAUGAGGCCGUCCAACCCGUUUGGCUCCGUAUCCAGUGCACAGCCCUCGGCUGCCUCUAGCCCCUCCAGUCAAAGUCCCCUCCGUGGCCCAGGACAGGAUCCCUUUGCACAGCUCUCUCUCAAGGACUUCUUGUAGAGCGUCUCUUAGAUGCAGUUCAUGUAAGCUGAAGGAUGAAGAUCUCCUCUGAAGUUGAAACCCCCUGCCCCACCCCCCUCCCCCCUCUCUGCCUGGGCCCUGAAGGAGCUGUACUCGUCACACGAUCAAACAUCAGAAAUAAAACACUCCACACCCCCAUCCUGGACGGGAGCUUGUGAGCGCCUGCGUGUGUGUGUGUGUGUGUGUGUGUACCAGAGGAGGAGGAGGAGCCGGCGGUGGUUUUUGUAAAAGGUCUGAGAUCACACUCUCUGCUGCUGCAUCGCCCCUGGCAACUCUUCAUCCUCAUCCUCAUCCUCAUCCACUUAAGACCCUGUGAAGACAGUCAUGGAUGCCCAGACACUUUGAUAUUAUGUAUUUGGAACUCUAGUUUGAUGUUUUGUUCUAUUUUUGUUUGUUGCCUCCCAUCUCUCUCUGACGGACAAGUAAGGUGGUUCCCUUAGUAACUGAAGUUGACACUGAAACGU